CCCCCUCAUACCACGUUCGAUGGAUCGAUGGCGCUUGACUCGUUCACCCCCCGCUGCGUGGCGCCAUUGUCGCCGGCACGGCAACUCCGCCGCUCAGUCUGAACUCGGGUUCACUCAGUCCACGACCGUUAGCCACGAGACUUCGAUCUCUGCUUUUAAAGUUUGCACCGAGAUAACGUCGUCGUCGUUGUCACAUCCGAGACGUCUUCAUCAUUAUCAUCAUCAUCAUCAUCGUGUCUUCUUCUUCUUCUUCUUAUCGUCUUCUUCGUCCACCAACGGCGAAUCAUCGACCAGUCGGCAAUCGCAACACGAGAGGUACGUUUCCGUUCGUGCCUUACGUUUCCGUGGUAACGUAUAAACAUACAUACACACCUACAUUAUGCAACACGCGUGCAUAUCACGUCCUCAAUAUUUAAACAAAACGAACAUGGAUAGAAAGAAGAGGAAAGAGGAUAAAACAAAAUAAAAAAAAGAAAAAAAAAGUAGCAACGUUGACUCGUACGUAUAUACUAAAUAGUACGACGCAGAAGAAAGUUCUAUUGACUCCGUGGCACUGUGUAAAUUUCCAUUAAACCAGGUACGCGUUAACGUAGCACCAGCAGCUCGUGGACAACGUCGCUUCAUUAACGCGAGAAUCCUUUUCAUUCCGGUUGAAUGUGUACACGUUGAAAAGGAAAAGCACGACGAGCGCGUGGCAAACGGAGGUGUGUGGGUGGUGGUGGUAGUGGUAGUGGUAGUGGUGGUGGUGUAGGCGAGAUAGAUAUGCUUGAAAUAGUAAUGGAGAAAGUACAAUGGUUACCCUAGUAUAUCCCGUGACAUCGGUGUCUAUUUCUAUCUCACUUUCUGUCCGUCUGUUUCUAUAUAUAUACGACUAGAGUGUUGAGACUGAAAAUAGUAUGAGAAAAAGAUAUGCCAUAAAUAUGACAGAUAUACACCAGUACAUACUUUAAUCCAUUCGCACGGUAUUGUCAACUAGAGACAACUAUAAAUUUUAAUCAACCGAUAUCUCGU